GACCCCCCCCAAUGGUCUCCUGGUUGGGGACAGAUGGGGACAGAGUCUCCCAAGGAGCAAGGAAACCAAUCAGAGCACUGGAGUGGGGGGGAUUUUCUCACUGACCACCCCAUCAAGGUGCCGGGGCCAUUCCCAAAAAUCACCUGCACAGGACGGCAGAAGGAAGAACAACCACAACCCGGGGGGUGAAAGGCCCCGGCAUCGCGGGCGAGAGCUCGUCAGGCCCCUUUCCCCCCCGCGUACAAAGGACCGGGCGGCUUGAUUUGUGGGGCAGGCAGUUCUGUGACAAAUGGGGAACCCGGGGAAACUAUUCAGGUCUCCCCCCCCUCCACCACCCGCCUCCGGCAGCUGAAGUUGAGACCGUUUGAAUAGCGGGGGCGAGGGGUUCGUUGCGGUCGAGUCGCUGGAGCGGUUUUAAUUGGAGGCAAAGUGUCUUUGCAGAGAACGGGCGCAGAGAGCGGAGAAGCAGGUGGCAAAGUCUGGCUUCCCCAAACCCGGAUCUAACGCCGAGCAGCCGCGCUCGGCGGUGACUAAACAGAAAACUCGCGUCAGUAAAUAGUCUGCCGCUUGCAAAGGUGCUCCUUGCUCUUUUUUCCCUGUUUUCAGUGAAAUCUGUUUCUAAAAGGCAGUGGUUACCUUGUCAGGUCUACCCAUAUUUGAUAAUUUGCCAUCGAUGUCGCGCUAAAUUCCUGUUUAAAAUCAGCAGCGGCGUUGUGUUCCCGUUCCGUUAGAGGCAUGUGCUCGCCGACGAUGAGCGUUAUUUGUAUGUGGUUUCUUUUUUAGAACUCUUUAAGGAGAUAAUCCCAUAAAGAUCCCUGCAGCUGGUUUACUGCUAAUGAGCCUUGGAGGGGCCCGUUGUGGAUGCGGAGGAGCUCGGCGGAGUCGGAUGCUGCUGCCAAAGUUGCUUAUCUUCCGUGAAACAGAUAACGCGAGGGAUCUGUAUCGGGGAUGAGUCAGAGGAGCAGCAGCCCCCAGUUGUUUUUGUGCCAGUUUGCUUUUGGUUUCAGAGGGAGAGGAUUAGGUUACGUGCGUGGGCACCUGUAGGAUUUCACCGUUCCGGUGGUUGAAUUGUUAAAAAGAAAUAUGUGUAUUAUGCUUUAUUUCUUUUGUAAGACUGUUACGAUUUCUUUAGGAAUGAAACAGCAGGUUGCGAUUGUUUCCAGAGAGUUGUAGAACUGUGUUGACUUGCAGAAGCACCUGAAAAAACAUUGGAUUGUUCGACUUAUUGGCCUGUGCUGCGGUCGUAGGUUGUCUUAGUAAUGUUGGAGGUUUUCUCCCAGGAAAAUACACCUACAUUUUGAUUUUGUGGAAACCUUCGGAAGGUUUAUGGUGGGGAGAUAUCGACUUUGGUUGGAUUGUGAGAGAUCCGUCAGUGCGGACGAGCCCACGCUGUGCAAAUUCCCGAUGUCCUCGUGCGCAGCGUAACCUCAGACUCACUGCGGACAGCAAGUAGAAGGUUUCCAUUAACGUGUCACGUAAUAUUUGUGGCCCCUCUCAAGUCCUUUCACGAGUUAGACAGAAUUUAUGCCUCCUAAUUGCAUUAGGCUCACAGGGUAACUCUGACAUUUUAAAUUAAAGCAUAUUGACAUUGCGCCCAGAUAAAUUGCCUAACCUUUGUGUGCUUGCUCAGGAAAAGAUGUUAUGGAUUACUGGUUAACUCUAAGUUACUCAUUAGGAAAUUUAGAUAUGGCGAAUAAGUAUUUUUGAUAACACUGUCAUAAACUUUGCUGCUCGGAGCAGGUGACUUAUCAGCAGCAUUUUGGUUUUUCCUGCGGAGGUAUAACCGAUGCCAACAAAGAUGUUGGUGAAGGGCUGAGUAGAGAUGGGUUUGUCCACGUUUGUGGAAGCGUCUGCUGCGGGCUAAAAUGAUCAGGGACAGCAAAUCCAAUAAUGAUUCUCAUUCCGUGACAUCGGUCAACUUAUCUGCUCAUAAAAAGUUUUUCUAAGCCGGUCAGGAAGGAAAAAACGUGUUUCCCUGCUGUCUGUUGGGGGAAAAGAGUUCCUUUUCAGGGUUUGGGCCGUUCGGAGAGCACGCCGUCAACGCCAGCUGGAUCGCAGUGCAGGAGCUGGAGAAGCUGGGACUGCGAGAUGAUGUGGAUCUGCAUGUCUAUGAAGUCCCAGUUGAAUACCAGACGGUGCAAAGACUCAUUCCCGCGUUGUGGAAAAAACACAGUCCCCAGCUGGUGGUUCACGUGGGUGUUUCGGGGAUGGCCACGACCGUGACUCUGGAGAAGUGCGGCCACAACGUCGGUUAUAAAGGUUUGGACAACUGCCGUUUCUGCCCGGGCUCUCAGUGUUGUGUCGAAGGUGGCCCCGAGUGCAUCGAUUCCAUUAUCGACAUGGACACGGUUUGCAAGAGGGUCUCGGCGCUGGGGCUGGAUGUCACCGUCACCAUAUCCAAGGACGCCGGCAGAUACCUCUGUGACUUCACUUACUACACGUCUUUAUACCAGAGCCGCGGGAGGUCAGCUUUUGUCCACGUGCCUCCUUUGGGAAAGCCCUACAGCGCCGAACAGCUGGGCCGGGCGCUCCAGGCCAUCAUAGAGGAAAUGCUGGAUGUUUUGGAGCACUCUGAAGACAAAAUCAAUUGUCAGCACGAACACUGAACGCGGACAGAAGCUCUCCUAGUAUUGCACUUCCACAAUUUUUUCCCUGCUACUGAAGUUUUGGGGAAAACGGUCUGAAACGUGCAGACCCAGAAUUGGAGACUUCAAAAAGAAACAAGGAAAAAAAUUCCACUGCUAGAAAUUGACUUUUUUUUUUGAUCAGAUGUGAGCAUUUCAGCCCAGGCAACCGAUGAUUCAGAAUCUCUUUUAAAACACCUGCGACUGCUGGUUCUCUGAAGCAACUGAUGUGUUUGUGCUGUGUUGUAUUGUCUGUCAGCCAAGCAGUGGCUCCCGACCCGUCUCACGCAGCACGGACGGGGAGUUUCCCGCCUGGACUUUGCCGUUCAGGUGCAGGGAGUCAAUAACCCCAUCUUCUCAUGACUAGUUCUUAAAUCAGAAGGUUUGCUUUUGGUUUGCUUUGAUUUAUUCUUUUUCCUCCCUCCUCUUUGGCCGGAUUAUAGGUUUUAAUGUAAGAGAGUUGGAGCGGUGUGGGUUUGUUAUAAGCAGCGCUUGGCGGGGACGGGGAGUCUUCAAAACCGCUUUGCUGAAAUGGAAAAAUACUUUAGGCACUGAUUUUUCACCCCCAGUAUUCGCCGGAUCCUCUGUAAUGCACUGGUAGCUGCAGGUAGAGGGAUGGUUGGGUUCCCGUUGUUGUGGAGCAGGAAUAUCUCUCUCUUUAAUUUUCUAUGAGCCCAACUUGCGCCAAAUAUUCCCAAAUGUCUUUAUUUGUUAUUAUGCUCUCAACGCCGCCUUCCUCGCUCAAGUCAACCAUAUACCUCCUGUACAAAACACAUUGUUUCAUGCGUGUAUAAAGCGAAUCGUUAGCGGUUAAAUAGCUUUGCUAAAGGCCACUUUCUCCACAGGAGAUCUUUAUCCAGACUCUUGGUGCUAGCUGUUAUUUUUAAGGUGGAGGUUGAGUAAUUGAUAACCUCCUUAGUUAUACAUUUUUGUUCUCGUUAAAGGUUAGAAGAAUAAUGUUUAACUUCGAAGUUGCCAUGUUAAUUUGUAAUAGGCAUAAAUAGGCGGACGUGCGGAUUCAGAGACAUUCUGUCAGAUCUAAAAAUCUUCAACCUGUUCCCGCUGUCUGUAACCCAGAGGGGGUUGUUAGAAAAAUAGGAAUUUUGCUUCGAAUGAGGAUUCUGGGGAGUUUUAGUGUCCCCCUCCCAAUGGGAGGGUACGAGGUGCUGCCUCCUGUGUGAACUGUCCCGGGAGUUCAUUUGGGGAAGGGCGCACGCAGGUUCCAAGCAGGACGUUAAAAGUGAAUCAUACGUGUUGGUUUUUGCUUCCAAAUUACAAGACUCCAGCAAAAACCAGAGGAUUUUACAGUGGGAACGGACACAAAAUUGGUAAUGGGUGACCAGUGGGUCUCGUUGAGGGACCAUUUAAAUGAAGAGGUCUGCGGUUUGAUUCUAAUGCUUUUACAGAUAUAUAUGUAUAUAUAAAGAAUAACAUUUUAGAAACAUUUCAGAAUACCGUUAUUUUAAUUUUUCUAAUCAUGAGUGAUUCUGCUAUAGUAUCUCUCAGUGAGAGCUGCCGUUAACUUGCUGUUUUCCAGUAGAAAUCUAGUGAAAAAGGAAAUAGCGCUUCUCGUGGCCCUCGGGGGGGACGGAGGCUCCUGCAGCUGUCGGGACUUUGCCAAGAGGACCAGUGUAUGAGGCUUUUCUGGGACAGAUUUCUGGCUUAGCGAGGAAGUGACCGCUGUGUUUCCAGGCUUUCCAGAUCUAGUUUUGCAUUCAAAGCCAAUAUUCUCUUUUGCGUUCAAAUACGAAGUAGCACUUGUCAGAUCGUCGGCGGGCAGGCAGGCUUUCUGAUUAGUAAUUUAUUCUAUUUAAUAUUUUGUUGAAAUAUUCGUGGUUUGACACUUUUUUUUUGCAAAUAGUUGAGCUACUUAUCUUGUAGGUCGAUUCCUUUGCCUGGUAAGAAGUUAUUGUCGGUGUACCUUAGCUGCUAAACUUAUAAAAGAGGAAUAAUUUGCGUAUUCUGAGUCAGCCAUUGAUUUAAGUAAUUGUCAGUAACGCUAUUUAAUUUGCUCGUAGUUGGGAAUCAAACGGGAGCGGAAAAUGGACAGUUUAGUGAGGUGAUGAUGGAAAAAGACGCGGCGGCUCCAAAUCCAGCGUCGGGGAAGCAGCGGCUGGCGGGGCGAGCAGCUUCCCACGCUGCUCUGUUCCAUAUGUCGCAUCCCACACCUAUGGAUUUUCCUUCUUGGGUCCACUCGGCUGCUCUGGAGGAAAAUCUGGAGCCAAUUUCUGCGACGGAAAGGUUUUGGAGACUAUUUUCCGGAAUAUUUUGAGUGUCGCCUCGAGCUGCGCGUUCCCUCGUAACCUGUUUUGGUGAAGCUUCCGUUUUCUUAGAAAACAUAAUUUAUUUUAUAAUCUUUUCUUAUGUUGGGGGUGAGAAUUAGUCCUCAGAGGUUGUGUUUGUAAAGGGUGUCUGUGGUAGAGGAGUUUUGUAUAGUGAAACAUUUAAAAAUGGCAUUAAACUGAUUUUAUUUAAUCUGACCUAAAUUAAAUACUUUUGGGUUUUUUUGGAAGCUUUUUGUUAAACUCCUGAAUUCAUAAUACAUUUCCUGUAGGUAUUUUCUUUGGAAACACAACAUAAAAAUGGCUCAGAGCUUCAAAACGCUGAUGUUUUGUGUAACACUUCCUAUCUGCUUUCUCUUCCAGAUCAUCAAUCAAUAGAAUUUGCUCGUUUGCACUGACCUGGGAGACCUGUUGCCAACCACAGAAAGAAAGAGAUAGCGCUUGUAAGCGUAGCAAGUUCAGAUUUAGUGCUAAUCACUGCUAAUUUUGGAAUCCUGUGAUUGCAAAAAGGUCUCGGGGGAUAUCGCGGAGAAGCGGGGUGAGAAUAUUGAGUGUGGAAGAGAGAAUUCGGGAGGUUCCGCCGCGUGGGCUCCGGUGUCGUUCUGAUCUGCGCCGGCAGCUCGGAGCGGGAGCUGGUUGAGCUGGUGGAGUUUGGUGGUGACUAUUUAAUUGGUUCGUUUAUUAAAUGCUGCGGAGGAUUUUGAGGAGCUCCAGAUAACUCGUAAACUCCAUAAUCUGGUGACGCUGAUGCUGGGAGGCAUUGAUUCCAGUUUCCUUUGGAUUAAACCUGAUAAUCUGCUUUUUAAAACAAAAAGGGGCUGAAAAUUACCUUAAAGACACGUGGGGGACUUGAUCUGUAUGGGUUGCUUCCAAUUGGAGAUAUUUUAUGAUGCUGUGAUUUAGUUGAAGGUGAACACCCAUUGUACAUUGGUACAAUCUAUAAGAUUUCGGAGCAGUUCACGCUUAUCUGGAGCAUUCCCCAACCUGAUUGCUUCUCCUAAACGUGCUGGUAGUGGGAAAGGAGGAAGAAAAAAGGUCAUGAGGAUGGUUCGAGGUGUUGAAUGUGGUUGUGACAUGAGGCUGCAGCUGAAUGAGCUUCCAGAGUCCUUCAAGUUUCCAACUCGGUGACAACUCACAGGUUGCUCAGCUCUCACCGCAGAGAGGAGGGAAAUGCAAAGGCAAGAGGGGUCAAGAGUAAAUUGGAGAUGUUAAUAAACGCUUCCUGGCUGGCUCCUUGUGGCGGCAGAACAGCCUUGUCAAGCAGGGCUCUGAUCUAACGCACCCAUUUACCUUUAUUUAUCUCCGUAGGGUUUGUACAUACGUACAGGUAGGAAACUCCUAAUUGUAUUUACGUGCCCAGGCGGUCACUGGGAGAUACAGCGUUCAAACUCCAGCGCGUCUCCGGUUGUUCUGCUGGUUGUACGGGCAACGUUUCACCUUUUAGUGCCUCACUCGGCUGGCAAAAGGGGAUCAUUCCAGGCCAUGUCACACCUGGAAUAAACCCCCAGAGCUCCCAGGCCUGCAGACCUGCGCUCCCACAGCACAGGCUCCGCUCCUGGUGGUUUUGUUAACGAAAAGGCUAAAAAAGUUAAAAUCCGCUCAAGUUUCUCCUGAUCCUCAAUCUGCGUUUGAGCGCCGGAUCUGUUGCCCGCUUGCUUAGGAAACGUGUACAAGGAACCGCGGUAGGAGGAGUUUCUUCACACCAAAAACAGGGAAAAACCCCGCCGAAAUGAGCUGGGUGGGUAGUUCCCCACAAAGGGCUGAAGCGGCGAUCACGCUGUCCGUGCUGGUUCACGGUUUAACUCCUCGCGUCUCUGUUUUGAACUCGGGGCGUUUCUCCGACCCUCCGCUCGUGUGGCUGAUGCUCAGGCACGGAGCGGCUCCAGGCACGGAGCGGCUCCAGACACGGAGCGGCUCCAGGCACGGAGCGGCUCCAGGCACGGAGCGGCUCCAGGCACGGAGCGGCUCCAGACACGGAGCGGCUCCAGGCACGGAGCGGCUCCAGACACCAAGCAGCUCCACGGGGGAGCCGGAGCGUCUGCGAGCGAGCAGAACCGGGAUGUUUAACCGUGGAAACUCCACUUACCUGGGGGUUUUAAUUCUGAUUUUCAGAUCUCGCCCCACAGUGCAGCUGAGAGUUGUCAGCAGUUGGUAUGUACUUCCACAAUGUAACUUCCUAUUGUCUCCUUUACUUACUUUAAUAUAUUCUCCGAUAAUAUUUCAAUGAAUUUUCAGAGUUGCGAAGGCUUUCUUACAAACUUUAUCUUGGAUAAAACACCCUGGUUGAUACGUAACUACGCAUCCCGCUGGAGAUGAAUUUAGUAUUUUUGCACCAGAAACCCUCAUGUUUUGCGGUAUAAAGUGCAAUUUUUGUUAGAAACCCCUUGUGUUCGUGUCUGAUCAGUGUCUGAGGUGGUAAAAGCGAUAUUCUGCCAAACCCCCAAAGCAGAAACGAAGCCGAGGAGAUUGUUAAUUCCUCGUCGUAUUCAUUGAAACCUGCGAUCCGCUUCUGCUCGGUCUAUUUUAAGACAAAGUAGAGAAGAAAAUGCCUCCCCGUAGGUAGGAAUUAGAUAUAGGAAAUGAAACUACACGCUGCCCUUAAAGAAAACUCUUGUGCUACUUAAAUACACCUUCAGGUUUUCUAUUGCACCAGCUUCUGGAAUCACAAGUGUUUACUUGGAUGCAACAGGGAGUGCCUUGUAAUGGGGAGCGAGGAGCCGCUUGCUGGGAGGUGGGUGUUAAAACGGGGUGUUCGCUGUCCCCGUUAUCCCAGAUACUCUUCAGAAACUGCCCCAAAUCGCCUUCUUGAGGUUUUUCUGACGCACGCUCCAACCCGACAAUAAAGAAAAGAAUAUUUGCCGCGCUUUGUUUGGCCAAAUUCAUGAAGGUUUUUCCGUCUCUUUGCAAUUGUGCGUUUUGCUGGGACUGGGUUCUGCGCGUCGCUCCUCUGGGCUCCUCCGUUCGUUAAUUGUGAGUUAAUCAGCUGUCUGGGUGCCUCAGGUGUUGCUGAUCUCGUGCUUAUCGGGACACUUCUCGGUCUGCCGGGGCUUUUCUGGUGUUCUCAGCGUGUUCUCGCAGUGCCUUGUAAACCCAAACAACCCCGUGUCACAAAGGGCUGUGUAAUCAAGAACCGUUAACGAGCCCCGCGCUUGCUGCGGCCAAACUGGACUUUGUCACUGGAAACUUAAACCCGUGUUUCAAAGUAAAUAAAGAGUUUGACUCUGA